AUGAGCAGUAUAUUACGGUAUAUCCGCUCCAAAUUCCAACACGAGCCCGAGGAGCACGCCAUAGAACAGUUUGCCAUCUACGAUGAGGGAAACCGCGGUGGAUUCCCAUCAGACGUCGCUGCAUUCGACUAUCAUUCGGGAUGUAUUGUGAUUGGAACUCAAAGCGGAGACGUUACCUUCUACGGAUUCCAUGGUGCUUCAUGGACAAUCAAUCUGGGUGGAGUCGGUGAUCUCAAAACGAAAAUCGAGCAUGUUUACUUCAUUUCUAGCAACAUUGCACUAGUUUUAUGCCAAGGACCACUAAUUAUCCCGGUACAUAUCAAAGAUGGAGUUAUCACAAAGAAAGACGAGUUCCGGUUCGGUGACAACCCAAAACACAAGUGGAACACAAGUCAUGUCCAGAAGUUGUCUGAUGACGCUUCUGCGCUCAUUUUCAGCGUCAACAACACAAUCCAUCGUAUCAAGUCAAAGACAUUAAAGCUGGAAGUGUUGGUGACAAGCGAAGACUAUGAAAAGUUCCUUCCGUCUGACUACAACUUAUCAAGCAUCACUUCACUCCCAGAGAAGCCAGCUGUCAUGAUGUUGAUUUUGGAGAAUGGAACCGUCGGAGUGUUUAACGAGUCACAAUUCAUAAUGAGAAUCUCCCUGAAAAAUUUCGAAGAUGAGGCUAUCCAGAAGCUUCACUGGAGUUCUGAGAAAAAGAAAAACAUCGCGUAUGGAGUCUCAUGCAACAACUUGUACACAAAAUGGGAGUUCGCUCUUGGAAAGGAUAGUCAUAUCAGCGCCAGUGAAGUCAAUGUUUAUAGUGCAUACCAGUUUGGACCAUAUCCAUGCCACCAGAUCAGACAUUUCAAUGUUUGUCCGGACUUGUCAAAUCCCGGUGAGAACUUUCUGGUCUACCAAGGCGGCAAGAGCUCCGGAAAGUACGAUGACCGAGACCUAGUCACUAUCAGUCAUGGAGAUACUGUCGACAAGUUUGAGCUCACUUCUGAAAUUGUUGGAAUUGCAGCCAUUGAUGGCAGUUACGAGAGUAGCAAGAAGAACGGAGUGAUUCUCAUCUGCACGAAGUGCGAAAUCAUUGGAAUCGACUUGGAGCCAGAGGCAUUGGCUAUGAUGCAACCCAAACACUUUCUCUCCAUCAACAACAGUACACCGACGACACAUGCAAAAGCAAUUGAAAUUGAGGAGAACGUGUGGAAUCGGUUGGAAACUGCCAGCAAGUUAUUUUGGGAGUCGAAUCAGAUGUCUACAAGAGAUUGGCCAUUGUACUUCCAAAAGAAGAUUGUGAGCGAUGCGAAUCAUCAACGUGCGGCAUACCGGCAAGUGUACUUGUCUGGUCACUCAAACGGAAAUAUCUGUAUCUGGUCAUCCGGAGGUGUUGGAAUGUCACUUCUACUGAUUAUCAAGACGUCUUUAGAAUUUGAGGGAAUCUCAAUGGACAACGAAGCUGACACCUACUACAGCAGCGACGAUAAGCCGGAAAAGCCAGUCCGUAAAGUUGGUAUCUACGAUCCGUUCGACGACGAAGAAGAAAUGUGUAUUACCCGUGUGCAUUUCGAUCCAAAGUCUGGUAUUGUGAUUGGUACGAAUCGUGGUGGAUACGUUCUGAUGUAUGAGCUAUGGGAUAGCGCAAGAGUGCUGUCAAACUGGGAGGCUAUCCCAAUCAGUUGCAACAAUUCUCCGCCGGAUAGCAGGAGAAGGUCGUUGAGGCCAAGAAAAACCGAUCUCGAGUACAUUGCGGGUUAUCAGAUUCGUCUGAAAAAUGAGAGUGAACUUCCACUCGUCUUCUCCAUGCAUCCAAGUCACAGGGUCACUGACAUUGCCUACCUCCACAAGUAUCAUUGUCUCGCCGUGGGAAGCAACUUUGGAGCGGUAAUGCUUGAUGUAAACCACGGAUACAUUGUUUAUGCCAACUCUUUCAACGAUGAUCAGCAAGAGACAAGCAACGUCAACCCAAAUCAAUUCCAACGCUUCAAAAGUUUGAAGAAGUCCCUCCGCAAGACAUUCCGUCGCAAGAAGAAGACUCCAGACUCCACAAUGAUCCUCGAUUUCGACGCAGACAAGUCAGUCCGUGGAAAACACGAGGGAAGUCCCAGACGUGUUGAGGAAAUUGACGAGGAUGGGUACAUGGAGAGACCUAUCGAGGCUAGAGAAGAUUUAGGUGUCUUGGAUUGUUAUGCUGAGAACUCGAAAGGAACUGUUACAUGUCUCCGUACAAUGCGCUUCCCGAUUGUCGACGACAAGAACGUGGAUGAUAUCAUUGCCGUGGGUCUCCACGAAGGAGGUGUCUACUUCUUUGCUAUCAACGAGCAUGAUGUCGGACUGAGAAUGACAUUCAAAGCAGAACAAAUCAAGAAAAUUGUGAUUCCUCAUAAGCAACCGGUUAUAAACAUUGAUAUUACCAAUGAAGAAGGAUAUUUCUCUGCAUCGACAAGAAUUGUCAUCAUUACUGAGGAGCAGCUAAGAGUUUACAACUGCCAACCGAUGGUCAAACGUGAAAGUUAUAAAAUAACUGCGUUGGAGGGAUUGAAGAUCAAGAACGGAAUGGUCGCUAGAAUUCUGAACAAGAAGAAUUCCAACAACUUCGAGUCGUUUGUGGUGUUAGUCGCCAACGAUGGAACUCUUCGUAUUCACUCCGUUCAGAAGACGUCGUUGUUUGAGACUCGAAAGUUCAUUGAUCCAAUCGAUGUGAUGGCACUGAACUCAAGCUGUUUGUCAAGAGACGGCGACGUGGCAUUCCUCAUCAAAUCGUCUGAACUCCAAAGAACCACUGUCAACCUGAACUUCCGUGGUUGGAGUAACGCACACAAGUCAUAA